UUGUGACACACCAAAAGUUUCACAAGAUUAUCGACAUGUACAAGUUGGCCGUUCUUCCUCUUUUCUUCGCCGCCGUCUCGGCUGGCUACCUCGGCACCCCGUUGGCCUACAGCUCUUACAGCGCCCCUGCUUUGUACGGCUACGGUGCCACCUACGGAUACGCCGCACACGCCACCCCAGUGGCAGUCGCUCACGCCCCAGUAGCUGUCGCUCACGCCCCGGUCGCCGCCGUCGCCGCCCCAGUCGCCACUUCAUACUCUAACACGUACAGGACGGUCAACAAGCCCGUAGUCACCGCUUACGCACCCGCCGUCACCACCGCUGUCGCCACUCCAGUCACAACCGUCGCCGCCGCCCCAGUGACCACCGUCGCUCACGCCCCGGCCGUCGCCACAGUCGGAGUCGCUCACGCUCCCGUCACAUACGGUGUCGGUUACGGUUACGGUAGCGGAUACGGCCUCGGAUACGGUUACGGAACCGGAUACGGACUCGGAUACAACAGGUACCUCGGAUACGGCGCUGGACUCGGAUACUCUACCCUCCUCCACUAAACAGUCGAUACACUCUGUACAUAACGUGCAUCAGUUAAUGUAAAUUUAAUUAAAAAGCUUUUAAAACUGCA